AUGAAUGAUAUUCAAUUUCACAAUUUUAAUGACCACUAUUUAGACUCGGAUCCACUAAGCUCAUCAAAGGAGUCAUUUCCAUUUUAUCAUGAAAGCAAAUUUAUUAAUGAUUUCGAUAUUUUUAAUAUCGGUGAAACAAAUACAACUCAAAAUGAUUUCCAAUCUCAACCAUCAACAUUAGAUGAAGAUUUUCUUAGUACCCCCGAUAUCUCAUCAAAUCAAAUUAAAGAAACCAGUAUGUCAAGCUAUCAAAGUAUUGCCUCGUUUCAAUCCGAAUUUGAAUGUGAUCCAAUAAAUUUUAAUCAGGAUUCACAAAAUAACAACAAUUAUAAUAUAACCCAAAACCAAAAUAAUAAUUUCCAACCUCCACAACAACAAAAUAUACAAAUACAACAACAACAUCAACAACAACAACAACAAAUACUACAACCAUCCAAUUAUUUUCAAUACCAAUUUGUUGAACAACCAAUUCAAUAUCAACAACCUACUCAACAAAUACAAAACCAACAAAUAAAUUUACAACAACAACAAUAUCAAAGUCAACAACAACAACUAACGCUACAACAACAACAACAACAACAACAACAACAACAACAACAACAACAAUUACUACAACAACAACAAUUUUUUCAACAACCAAUAUUUAUUCAACCACAUGACUCACAGCAGUUCAAUCAAUUCUUUCAUCAUUACCAAAUGCAACAAUAUUAUAUUCAACAACAAAAACUACAACAAAUAUUUGCACAAAAUAUGCAACAAAACCAAAUCUGUUUUUCAAGAAACACCCCUUUUUAUACUCAAUGUGGUAUUAUCCCAAUAACAGACAAUACAACAAAUACUCAAAUUCAAGUAGACCAAUCAACCAAUCAAGCCUAUAUGGCCAUGGUUUAUAAACAAACUGGUGACUAUUUCGCACACAUUCAAACGAAACCAGAAGAUUCAUUAUCCCAAAGUACCUCAUCAUCCUCCUCAUCCCCAACAAUGACCUCCGAAAUAAAUAAUUUAAAUGAGGUUUUUGAAAAAUCUGUAAAUAUCCAAACACCUGUAAAUACUCAAACAUCUGUAAAUAAUCCAACAUCAACUACAACAACCAACACAACUACAACAACAAAAAUUCCCAUAAUAAAGAUUCCGAAAUCAUCAAAAAAACUCCCAGGUAAAAGAAGAAAAGUUUCAAAGUCAUGUGAAAACCUAAAUUACACAAGCUCCACAUUCUCUUGGAAUGGAAAUAAGGGUUUAUCCAUAUCGGCUGGUGUUCUUCCAUCACGUGAAACUAAAAAAAAUACUCCAAAAGAAGAAAAAUUUUCAUUUGAAGAAGGAAGAAAAACCUAUUUAUGUAAAAAAUGUGGGGAUGUUAAAAAGAAUCAUAAAUGCCCAAAGGGUGAACCACAAAAAAGAAAAAAGAGAUCACAAAAAAAAGAAAACGAACCAAUAAAAGUUAAAAUAGAAAAUGAACAAGAUGGCACCUAUUAUAAUAAUUAUAACAAUAAUAAUAGUAAUAUUAAUUAUGAAAAUAAUACUUACCACCAACAAAGUGUCAUUCAAGCCAAUGAUCAGCAUUCACAAUUUUAUGAACAUGAGCCAUACAAAUUCACCCAUCAAGAAUCAAACUAUGCACCUUUCAUCAAUGAUGAUGUUGAAUUAGUACCAUCAUUCGUAGAAUUUGAUGAGUCACUUUCCCUAAGCUCUAAUCAAAAUAAUCAAAAUAUAAAUAAUAUUUUUAUCAAAAAUGAAAUUGAAGUAAAAAUAUAA